AUGGCGGAGGGAGAGAGAAGUCAGGAUUUAAUUUCCAAGAUGGAAAGUUCCACGGACUCAGCUGUGAUUUCCCCCAGCACCCCGCAGGCCUGUGUGUUUCCUCCAUCUCCCCAAACAAACAGUUCAAAAAAACAACCAAUGAGUGCAACACUUCGAGAAAGAUUAAGGAAAACAAGAGCAUCAUUCAGUUCCUGUUACAGUGUGGUAAAACGUCUUAAAGUAGACAAUGAAGAGAGUGAUCAGAUUCCUUCAGAAAAACCAGUAUCUUCAACAGAAGAAAACUCUUUGGGAUCUCAAGAAACUUUUAAACACACAGACAGUGACUUUGAAGAAACUACAUAUUUGAAAAAUAGCUCUGAGAAUAUUAGUCUAUGUGAAUCUGAAUCACUUGGAACUGGAUCAUACAGUGCUUUCCAAAAUGAUUCCGUCAAUGAGAAUCUUCUCAAACAAGAACUACUGGAAGAAAAAUCAAAAUUGGUGAAGCAGAUUGAGGAGAAAGAAGACCUUCUUCGCAGGCUAAAACUAGUCAAAAUGUAUAGAUCAAAGAACGACCUCUCUCGGUUACAGUCGCUGAUAAAGAAGUGGAGACACUGUAGCCAGCUGGUGCUCUAUGAGUUGCAGUCAGCACUGUCUGAAGAAAAUAAGAAAUUAAGCCUCACUGACCUGAUAGACUACUAUGGGUUAGAUGAUAAGUUGCUACACUAUAAGAGAAGUGAAGAAGAAUUUACAGAUGUUUAA